GAGCAAAAGAUUCUCCCAGAGGCACAGCGGGGGAAUUUUUGGCUGCUCACAGCACCUCUGCUUGUGUCAUGGAUAAAACUUCAAGGCCAGGCUGGAUGAGGACUUGAGCAACCUGAGCUGGUGGGAGGUGACCCUGCCCGUGGCAGGGGGUUGGAACUGGAUGGUCUUGAAGGUUCCUUCCAACCCAACCCCCUCUAUGAAUCUGUGACUGCCCCUGGCCCAGCAAUGAGCCCCCUGGAGGCCUGUGAGGGGCUGCAGAGGACUCGGGGGGCUGCCUCUCACCUGCUCUGCUCUCCACAGGAUGAUGCAGUGCGGAGCCUGCAGCCAGGCACUGCUGGCACUGAUGUCCCUCUCCCUUGGCUUGGCUGCUGACGAGCUGCUGUGUGCCUGCGACGUGCCACACUGCAGCCUGCCCAGCUGCAUGGGCAAGGUCUGCUUCAUCAGCAAGAGGAAGGAGGAGGGAGCCAUCGUCCAGCACAGGGGCUGCUUGUCCCAGAACAUCCUGGAGCACUGCCACACGGCCGUGACGGAGCAGUAUGGCAUGAGGUGCUGCGACUCCAGCAUGUGCAACGCCGAGCUGGAGCUCUUCCUGCAAGGAGAAGAGGCCCUGGGACACGCACCUUCCUUACCCAGCCUUCUCCUGAUGAUCUUCAUCCCACUGCUCACCCUCCUCAUCCUCGUGGUGCUCACAGCACUCUUCUGCUGGAAGGUGGCUCAGCACCACCACAAGAAAAGUGACCUGGGGGACAUGGACCUCAUGCUGAAGGCUUCCAUGGUGGGAGACAGCACUUUGGAGGACCUGCUGAGUGAUGACUGCACCACAGGCAGUGGCUCAGGGCUGCCCUUCCUUGUCCAGCGAACAGUGGCUCGGCAAAUCACCCUCGUGGAGUGCGUGGGCAAAGGACGCUACGGUGAGGUGUGGCGUGGAGUGUGGCAUGGCGAGAGCGUGGCUGUGAAGAUCUUCUCCUCCCGGGACGAGCAGUCCUGGUUCCGGGAGACAGAGAUCUACAACACUGUCCUCCUCCGGCACGACAACAUCCUGGGUGAGUUGGGGGGCCAGGCAGGGCUGAAGGGGCCAAGGAGCAGCUGUCUGCAUGGUUCUGGCUCUUCUCCUCAUCCAGGCUUCAUUGCCUCUGACAUGACCUCAAGGAACUCCAGCACCCAGCUCUGGCUCAUCACUCACUACCAUGAGAAUGGUUCCCUCUAUGACUACCUGCAGAGGACAGCCCUGGAUGUGGAGACCUGCUUGGUGCUGGCCUCCUCCAUCAUCUGUGGCCUUGUCCAUCUCCACGUGGAGAUCUUUGGCACCCAGGGCAAGCCUGCCAUCGCCCACCGUGACCUGAAGAGCAGAAACAUCCUGGUGAAAAGCAACCAGCAGUGCUGCAUCGCAGACCUGGGGCUGGCUGUGAUGCACUCCCAGGGUAGCGACUACCUGGACAUUGGCAACAACCCCCGGGUGGGCACCAAGCGCUACAUGGCCCCCGAGGUGCUGAGCGAGCAGAUCCGCACGGACUGCUUCGAGUCCUACAAGCAGACAGACGUCUGGGCCUAUGGGUUGGUGCUGUGGGAGAUCACCAGGCGCACUGUGGUCAAUGGUAUCGUGGAGGAGUACCGACCACCCUUCUUCGAUGCCGUCCCCAGCGACCCCAGCUUCGAGGACAUGAAGAAGGUGGUGUGCAUCGACCAGCAGACCCCCGUCAUCCCCAAUCGCCUCUUCUCCGACUCGGUUUUGUCGGCGCUGGCAAAGAUCAUGAAGGAGUGCUGGUACCAGAGCCCCUCUGCCCGCCUCACUGCCCUGCGGAUUAAAAAGACACUGAGGAAGCUGAACAGUUCCCUGGAAAAACCCAAACUGGAGCAGUGAGCAGUGGGCACACACCAGAGCCACUCAUGGGCUGCAGCACGGAUGGCAGCGAAGCCAGUGCCAGGAUGGGUCCCAGGCAUAGAGGGGUUUUGCUCACAGCCCCCUACCUUUCCCACCCCUCCUUGGAGCCUUUUUAAUUUGCAGGGAAAGAAAAAAUAGGGGGAAAAAAACAAGGG